CUGCCCUAGUCGAAUACAAAUGGUAAUCAUCGCCUUUUUGCGCUGUUCUAUAUGCUCUUUCUACCUGCUCCCUCUGCUGCCUCUUCCGGCCCGGUCAGUACGGCUCCCCGUAGCAAACUUUACAUUGACGAGUAAUUUAUCUUGUAUAUCCUUAUUUUUAGGAACACUCUUGGAUACAUGUACUGGAUGGUGCGAUUUCUUUCGCAAUGCGUAUUCUACCUGCUGGUAUUUUUCGUAGCUUUGUUUCAAGUCUACGGCGACCACCAUGCAUCCCUUGCGGGGCCUUGUAUCGCCAUCAUGGCUUUCUCAGGCAUGUUUCUGUGGUUUGAAGCGAUACAAUUCUCUCGAGGAAGGCGACGAUAUGUCUCGUCGAUUUACAACGCUGUUGAUCUGGCAGUGUUCGCGUUACCCUUGGCAGGGAGCAUCAACCAAGUCCUCAUUCACUUUAAGAAAAUCACAGGCAUGACCCCUCAGGACGGCCAUGUGGGGCUUUUCAGCUUCUCAGUGCUACUUGCUGCAUUACAUUUCUUGUUCGAGUUGCGAGUGAACAAGAGCGUGUGCAAGUUCGUGACAAUUAUUAUUAGCAUCUUUAUCAAGAUCAGGAUAUUCUUUAUUAUCUUUGCAGGAGGAAUCAUGGCGUUCUCCAUCGCCAUUUUGCAUCUCCUUCGCUCCUGCCCGUUUGAGAGUUGCGAAGGUAGUGAUACCACAGAAGUCGGAAUGGAAGCAGGAACAGGAACCGAAGCAAAGUUCCCAUUACAUUUCUACAAGGCGGUCUCAACCACGAUUUUUAUUAUCGGUGGUCGAUAUGACUCUGUCAGUGACGAGCUGGAAUCCGACAACUGGCCAUUUCUGACGAUGAUGAUCUUGUUCUUUUUCUUCACGGUCAUCCUGAUGUUGAACGUUCUUAUAGCCUUAAUCAAUGUCGCAUUCAAUGACGGCGAUAUCACAUGGCGCCAGGAGUGGAUCCAAAAUCGCUUGCGAUUCAUCGAGCAUGCAGAGAAUCUGUCGUAUGAAAUUCCUGGUUUCCGAGAAGCAUAUGGCUGGUUCCCAAAAGAGAUCUACUACACUGCUUCUACAAAGGAGGUGGAGGACUACACGGCUAUACAUGCAAAAGAAGGAGGUCAGAGUCGUGAAGAUCGAACGGAUCGAUAAGUAGACAUCACACAUUUUUAUAUCUUCAAUCCUCUCUCCAUUUCAUCAACCCACAACGAAACUAGUGCUAGACACUCAUCUACUUCGUUCACGGCUAAAUGACUUGAGAGUAAAGAGCUUCAUCGCUAUAAGCGCUAUUCCCACUUUUUUCAUUUUUCUGUAUGAUCUCUAUUACCAGCACCUUACUUGCUUUCAAUUGCUGUCAAACCACACAAGCGUAUUAUAUUGCGGUUGUUCAACAUUUCAACAUCCUCAAAAGGUUUUGUCUCCUUAAUCCGCUCAAAAAUGGUUUCAAUAUUCGGCAACCUUGUCUGCUUUUUUUGAAUUGCUCGACCUUCAUGCACUCAAUCUCCACCAUACCUCGCAUACCAAUAUCUUGUGGUUUCGAUAAUAAAUCUAUAGUGUUACAGCCUAUUUGCAUCGUUUUCUGAUUCUUUUUUGUAAGAGGUGUCAUUGAGGCAUUUC